AUGAGUGAUCCCGGCUCCUCCGCACCGCCCAUCGGCAACGAUCCGACGUACGACGACAGGCUCUGGUCCUUCUCCGCCUUCUUCCCGCCGCCGUAUCGCGUGCUCUUGCUCGCGUCCAUCGGUCUGCUCCUCUUCGCCAUCAACGUACAGGUGCUCCACAGCAAGGGCAUAGACCUCUUUGCGCUGUUCAAAGCCGAUUCCGCAGAGAAGAGACGAUCAAUACCGACUACGACGAACGGAUACCAUCGAAAUACGGCAGGUGCGAGUACUCAGUAUGGAUCCUACCACAACGUCGGGUCUUCGUCCACCUCGACGAGCGAUGAGAGCGGUAACGCGGGGAUACUUCCGACAACCAAUAGAGCCUCAGAUGCGAAUGCAGCGGUGUUAACCGCAAAACCACUGUUCGGCUUCGGAACGAUCCAACUCUUCUGGGCACUCGUCGGGUGGGCAUCCUACCGGUUCUACGUCGACUCUCUCACCGGCGAUCCGAAAGGCAGACAUGCACAGGCAUUGCAAGGCAUCGCAGUCUCCGGGGCGUUCCUCGCACUGUUCUGGCCGGGGAAUGUGCUCUUCAAGCCGAUGCGAAAAGCCUUCGGUCGAUCCAUCUACAUCAUCCUCACCCCAUCGCUGUCGCAAACCAUCACGUUCUGCGAUGUCAUCCUCGCCGAUAUCCUCACAUCCUUCGCCAAAGUGUUCGGAGAUGUUUGGCUCACAGCGUGCUUCCUCGUCCCACGCAAGGAGCACCACACGUGGUGGAACGGGAAAGGAUCGAUCGCCGUACCCAUGCUCAUCUCGCUCCCCUACGCGAUUCGAUUUCGACAGUGUCUAUCCGAGUACCUCACCUCUCCCACGCUUGAGGGGAAGAAGAGCAAGAAACCGCUGUGGAACGCGCUCAAGUAUGCAUCUGCCUUCCCCGUGAUCUGGUUGAGCGCGUGGUACGAAGCGGACAAGCUCACGCAUCGCGGCGAAUGGGUGACGCGGUACACGCUCUGGUUGGCCGCCGUUUGCGUCAACUCGAUCUUCAGCUUCUGGUGGGAUGUCACCAACGAUUGGGGGUUAUCGUUGCUCCAGCUGCGCAAUAUGGGUAGUGUGGCGCAGGUGGCCCAGAAUGCGGUGCAUCUGCAUAGACGCGGGAUGAGCUACAUGCCGCUACCGGCUAGCGAGGAAGCAGAGUCUCUGCCGAUGGACAGCUUUCGUCCGGACGAAAAACACCUUUCCAUCCCUUCUACCUCAGCAGCGGUGGGAUCGAGUUCAUCAUCAGCAGCAGCGCAUAGACGAACACUCUCGACGAUGGAACGCUUUCUCCGACCUAGUCCAUCGCUGCUGUUCCCCGCGUGGAUGUAUCAGUUGGCGAUCCUGCUGGAUCUGCUGUUGCGUUUCUUCUGGUCGUUGAAGCUGUCGAGUCAUCUGCACCAUCUGGUCGAGUGGCAGGGGGGUAUGUUCAGUAUGGAGCUGUUGGAGAUCUUGAGGAGGUGGGUCUGGGUGUUUUUCAGAGUCGAGUGGGAGGUGGUCAGACGCAGGGAGAGGGCGAGAUCUCACGUUGCUAUGGAUUGA